AUGUCGUUCUCUAAUAGCCCACCACCCUUUGAAUGGUCGCACCUGUGGCGACCGGCCAUCGUCAACCCCGUCAACCUCAAGAGCUACACGAUUCCUUUCUUCAAUCUACGCGACCCAUACGCUCAAUCCUUCCAUCUUAGCUGGCUCGGCUUCUUCGUCGCAUUCCUAUCAUGGUUUGCAUUCCCUCCACUAAUCCCAGAAGCGAUCAAAAACGACCUCAAGCUCUCCCAUGCCGAAGUCGCCAACUCCAACAUCGUCGCCCUCCUAGCCACUCUCGGCGUUCGAUUCGCCGUCGGCCCUCUAGUCGAUCGAUACGGUCCCCGCAAAGUCAUGGCAUGGCUUUUGAUCUUGGGCGCCAUUCCAUCCGGAUUGGCGGGUACAGCGCACAACGCUACCACGCUCUAUGUUAUCCGCUUCUUCAUCGGUAUUCUGGGUGGAACAUUCGUACCCUGUCAAGCGUGGACGUCGGCGUUCUUUGACAAGAACUGCGUUGGAACGGCUAACGCACUGGUUGGAGGAUGGGGUAAUAUGGGUGGUGGUGCUACAUUUGCGAUCAUGACUUCGCUCUAUACGGCACUCCGCCAGGCGGGCCUUACCGAACACGUUGCCUGGCGAGUUUCCUUCGCCUCAGUUCCUGCACCCGUUCUGCUCACUGUCGCUGCGAUGACUUUGGUCUUCGGUCAAGACCAUCCCGCAGGCAAGUGGUCUGAACGCCACAACAUUCCCGCCAUCAAUAUGGCGGACGGGGAGGGCACUCAGUUCUCCGACGAGAAACACCCGACGAAAGAAAAGGAUCUUGAGAAGAAGGGCUCCCAGAUCGAGGUCAACGUUCAUGAAGUCCAGGACGACGAACCAUCACCAAAGGCCAGGGCUCCCGUCAUCCAGUCCACGGUCGACGUAGCAGUCAACCAGAACCUGACAUUCGCGAGUGCAAUGAAGAUUCUCACCAACCCUCUAACAUGGCUCCCCGCCCUCGCAUACCUGACAACGUUUGGCUUCGAGCUCGCUCUAGACGCCAAAAUGGCCGAUGUGCUCUGGGAGAUCUUCAACGAACGGAUCGACGGCUUUGAUCAAGAGACAGCGGGUUUCUACACCUCCGUGUUCGGAUUCCUGAAUCUCGUUACCCGUCCCCUUGGCGGUUACAUCGGGGACGUCGUAUACCGGAAGUUCGGGACGAAGGGGAAGAAAUGGUGGACUUUGAUUUGCGGUGUAAUUAUGGGUGUAUCCACCAUCGCCGGAGGUUUCUACCUCGCUGACUACAAAGAGCCUGAAAUCCCUGACCUCGAUAUACAUAUUUUCCCGACAGUCGCUGUGAUCAUGGGAGUCUUCUCCGUGGCCGCCAUAUUCUCUGAACUCGGCAACGGCGCCAAUUUCGCGCUCGUCCCACAUUGCAAUGCUUACAAUAACGGCGUGAUGUCGGGUAUUGUAGGCUCCUUCGGAAACCUUGGGGGUAUCAUCUUUGCACUCGUCUUCAGGUUCCAGCCUGAACAAGGAAAAGCGUGGUGGAUCAUGGGUAUAAUCUGUCUCGUUCUGAACCUUGUCUUGAUUCCUGUUCCAGUGCCAGAAUUCUAG